AUGCAAAAUGUGUUGCUGCAGAUUUGCAGUGAGUCUGAAGGCUGGCAGUCCUUUACAAACAAGACAUGGGACAGACGUCAGGAGGAGAAGAAAUACUCUCUCAUGAGUUGCGAGACUAUCAUUGCGCAGCUGGACUAUCAUUGCGCAGCUUGGUGUGAGUGGUUAGUGGAGCGCAAAACUAUCAAUCAGUCGAGGGGGAACCCGCAAAUAUUGAAGAGCCUGCUGUUCCAGUCGCGCUUGCGUUUUCUUGCUGCUUAUUUGCAGGGCACAAGCCGCUUGCAACGAUCCCUCGCCCCCAAGUGCGACGUGAGAGAACAGCUUUGCGACAGCGCAAGGUUGCUGGUGCGAGCUUUCUGCUUCCCUCGAUUUUGA